AUGGCGCAGAUAUCACCAACAAUUGCGCUUUCGCAUGUUGAGGGGAUUUCAGAUGCAGCAAGAGCUAGAGAAUUAUACAAGUACUACCAGCCUACUACUUCCAUAAAUACCGAAUCAUGUUUUUCAGGACCUCGAACAUCUACAGCAAGCAGCUUUCAUGACCCAGGAGUUCAAUCUGACAUAACCUCAACCAAAAUCUCCUCACCAGAUACAUCCUUGACCGCAUUUUGCCAGCUUGUAUCUUGGAGGUUAGAAGCGCAAAGAGCAAUGAUCAGUCUUAUCGAUGAGGGCACACAGUAUUUUAUCGCAGAAAGCACCAAAUCACUGGAUCUUGUGGAUGCAACAAAGCAUAAACCAGGUGAUGAGUUGUGGCUAGGCUGUACUUCUGUGUCAAAGGCUGGUAGAUUGUGUGAGAGGACUAUCGAAACUACUCCAACGGCAUUGGGAGAGGACUAUCCUUCAUUCAUUGUGAAUGAUUUAACAUUAGAUGAUCGCUUCAACCAACUUCCUUUUGUCACAGAAGAACCUUACCUCAAAUUUUAUGCAGGUGUUCCACUUAUCACCAAGCGAGGCAUAGCGAUCGGAAGUUUGUUUAUUGUUGAUAGUCAUCCUCGAUCAGGACUAUCGAGGGAUGCAAUAUCUUUCAUGGGCACAAUGGCUCGUACCGUCAUGAAACAUCUAGAGUUGACUCGAGAAGUGGAGGAACACCGGCGUGGCAUGAAAAUGAGUCGAGGUCUUGCAUCAUUUGUUGAAGGUCGCGCAGAACUUGAAGAGGCAGACAUGGAGGCUGAAGAUGGAGAAGGUACAAAAAUUGUUGGCCAGUUUGAAUCAGACACCGGCAUCAGACGACAAAAGUCAAAAUCCUCAUCAACAAAAGGUUCAGGAAUGUCGGCCAACAUCUCACUUUCCUCUAGUAACAGCAAGGAAAUGGUGUGCAUGAGCUCAACUUCACUGGCCUACAAAAGGACAGAUGAGGCAAAUGUAGCACCUUUCAAUCGAUCAGGCUCAACGGGCAGUGGACGACCAGGGAUCGAGUCCAUUCUACAACAUUCUUCUUUUGGAGAAACGACCACCACUGAGCAAUCACCCUUUGAUAUGUGCAAAACUGAUACCCCUGACGAGGAAUUUACCGAGGCAUCUGCUCUAAAGUUUUUAUUUUCUCGCGCUUCCAACCUUAUUAGAGAGGCAUUCGAGGUGGACGGUGGAGCAGUAUUCUAUGAUGCACAGAAAGGGUUCAAUAGUGAUGUGAUGCAAGCCACUAGUCUAGACUCAUCUGUUACUGAUAGCCAGACAACUAGUGACGAUGACUUUCAAGCCAAACCAAAUGCUCGAUCCUCGAUCUCUCGACCACCUGGUGCUGGGGAAAGAACUUUCACUCGGUCUUCGACAAUGUCAUCAACCCGGGAAAUUGAAAUUUUAGGAUUUUCUACCCCCGAGGCAUCUUCUAUUAAUGGUGAUGCAUACCCAGGGACUCACUCCUUCUUGCCAUUUGAAGAACAAUCAUUACAUAACUUCUUGCGCCGAUAUCCACGCGGAAAGCUAUGGACUUUUGACUCUGAUGGAUCUAUUUCUUCAGCCUCGGAUGAUGAGAUUCUCAAAGAUCAUCGACGUUCUGUAAGACGAGACAAACCCCAGGCACGGGGAAGAAACAAAACGGCCAGGGCAGAAACAGAUGGAAGAUUUUUGUCGAAUCAUUUCCCUGGUGUUCGCCAGUUGUUAUUUGUUCCACUUUGGGAUGCUGGUCGAUCUCGUUGGCUUAGUGCAUGCUGUGUUUGGUCAACAGAGCCCACCCGUAUUCUAUCUAAGCAGAGCGAACUAUCGUUUCUUAGUGCGUUUGGCAAUACUGUCAUGGCUGAAUGUUCUCGCAUAAGUACUGAAGUUGCUGAUCAGAAAAAAAGUGACUUUAUUGGAAGCAUUUCCCACGAAUUGAGAAGUCCGCUCCACGGCAUACUAGCCUCUGCUGAGAUAUUGGGUGAUCUUGCAUUACCGAAUCUAGCACAAGAACUUGUCGAGACGAUUGAUAGCUGUGGCCGCACACUUCUAGAUACCAUUAAUCAUAUUCUAGACUUUUCCAAAAUUAGUAGUCUUGAGAAGAAUUGGCAUAGAAAUCGUCGAGGUACGGCAAAACGGAUAUCACAAUCCAGUAGUGCUGGUCCCGUGGCUUUACCACAAUCUGAUUUACCCAUGAUAAAUUUGUUUGCGCCUGUGGAUGUAGCUGUACUCUGCGAAGAGGUAGUAGAAAGUGUUUUCGCUGGUUAUGUUUUUCAGAAUGUCACGGCGAAGACGUUCGACAUGGUUCAUGACUUACAUGACAAAAGCUCCGACUCGAAAGGGCAUUCAGCAUCGUCGCUCGCCAUGCCACCUGCCGCAAAUCAAUCUCCACAGGUAUCGGUCGUCUUAGACAUUGCCCUAGAUGACUACCAAUUCACCACGCAACCUGGAGCGUUCCGAAGAAUUAUCAUGAACCUGCUUGGGAACGCUUUGAAGUAUACAUCACACGGUUAUGUACGAGUCAAGUUGGAAACUUCCCAACUAGAGGAUCUAAAUACUUCUGGCGGCGAGCGAACCCCGAGAUCUAUGAUAAUCUUGACAGUGACAGAUACCGGCAAGGGUAUAUCUAGCGAUUUCCUUCGAUCAAAGCUUUUUACCCCCUUCGCCCAGGAGAAUACACUUUCGAGUGGAACCGGUCUUGGACUCUCAAUUGUGAGAAGCAUUAUCAACUUACUCGAGGGAGAUAUCACGAUCGAUAGUGAGCUUGGGCGCGGGACUGAGGUCAGAGUAACUUUGCCACUUCUUCGCGGAAUACCAAAAGAUGCAUCAACUCCAGCCACGCCGAAAGCUAUAACCUCGUUGUUACGCGAGACGGACGAAUCUAUAUCGAUAUUGCGAAGUCUAACCAGUGGCCGUGAAGUUGGUCUCUUUAAUUUUAGCCCUCCUAAUAUGGACCCCGUACUUGCGAAGAAGGGCAAACUUCUCGAAGCAUCCGUCAGGAACUUUCUCGUCAAUUGGUAUGGUCUAAAAGUCGUGCCAUUAUCGGAGAACCCAGAUAUUAUUCUAGCGAAUGCUCCGGAUCUAUCUGUCCUCAUGAACCUUCGCAAGAAGCUUUCUCGGCAAAAUAAACCAUCGAUCCUGGUUCUGUCACCACACUCUUCGCGCUUCCACCACUCGUUUGUUGAAGCUGGCAUCAAAGGCAAUGUUACCGUGGUAGCAAAACCAGUUGGUCCUUUAAAACUUGCAAGAGCUCUUCGAUCGUGUCUCGACGGUUCAACGUCUGCAAGUGGUAUGGCUACCACGCCGGAUCCCUCUUCCAACGGACAAGCGAGCACUAAUGACCUUAGUAACGUCUUUGAGGAUCUGCUCCUAUCUCCUCAUGGAGGCGAAGUGUUAGAUAAUAGUCGGAUGGCCGCUGAUAGCGCGAAUGCGCGGAAAGCUAUCGAAUCACCAACUCCGAAUGCGCUCCUUGAGAAAGGAAAAGAAUUUCCCUUUCCAUCACCCUUCAUGAGUAAGAUCUCUCCUCCACGCACGGAGCUUUCCUCGGAUGACAACCUUGCCACUCCCACAGCGUCGACCUUUGAUUUCGCCUCUCAACUUAAUUCAGGAGCUGCUAAUGCGACGAGUCAACCAUCUGCUCCUCCGACCGCGACAGCAAGCACACAUCAAUCAUCAACGGCCACCGCGAUGCCCGACCCAUUCGCCCCCAACUUACUUCUUGUAGACGACAAUAUGAUAAAUCUCAAACUACUGCGCCACUACAUUACCAGAUUAGGGUACACGACCGUUCACGAAGCGGAGAAUGGGCUUGAAGCAGUCAAGAAAGUUGAGGAGCGACCAGAGGGAUACGACAUCAUUUUUAUGGAUAUAAGUAUGCCAGUUCUGGAUGGAUUUGAUGCUACGAGGGAGAUAAGAAAAUUGGAAAAAUCAAGACAGUCGAGAGCGAUGGCAAAUGACGAGGUUCCCGGGGGUAGGAGAAAGAAUGAAGCACUUGUGGUUGCGCUUACGGGAUUGGCGGGUAAAGAUGAUGUGGAGAAAGCGAGGGCUUGUGGUAUUGAUCUGUUCAUGACAAAACCGGUGGCUAUGAAGGAGGUGAGGAAGAUGUUGGAGAAUUGGAGGGCAAAUCAGAAGGAUUGA